AAUAAAAUCUUCUUUUUCUCUCUCUCUUGAAAAAGUUAGAAGAACCUUUGAAACUGCAUUCAUUGAUUCAUUCAUUGAUUCAUUCAUAGUAUACAAAAUCAAACUCAGCAACUACUGCAACAAACACCACCAACACUCUCAAAACCUCACCUCUCUCUCUCUUCUCUCUUUCAAUAAAUGCACGCGUUUCUCAACAUACUUUCAACCAUUUCAAAAUCAAUUCAUUCAUAGUAUACAAAAUCAAACUCAGCAACUACUGCAACAAACACCACCAACACUCUCAAAACCUCACCUCUCUCUCUCUUCUCUCUUUCAAUAAAUGCACGGGUUUCUCAACAUACUUUCAACCAUUUCAAAAUCAACCCAGAUCAAUAAAGUUGUUAUCUUUUUCCAAUUCUAAAGUGACCCAGAUAAUUCUUUUGCUUGCAAUCUCUUUCUAAGAACCCAUUUUUCAAUUUUUUUUUUUCAACUUUCAAGUCCCAUUAUUUUUGCUGAGUGUUCAUUGGUGAAUUGUUGAGUUGUUUUUAGUAUCAAUGUUUGUCUCAAAGUACAAAAGUUUGUCUCUUUGUCUGGUUUCAUGGCUGUGCUAUGGUGGAGUGUUGGCUAUGGCUUCAAGUGAAGAGGGUAGUAGCAGUUCCAAAAACCUUGAUCAGACACCAACAUGGGCUGUUGCUUGUGUCUGCACUGUUUUCAUCUUGAUAUCUUUAGUUCUGGAGAAGGUUCUUCACAAAGUGGGAACGUGGCUACAUGAUAGGCACAAAAGGGCUCUCCUUGAAGCUCUGGAAAAGGUCAAAGCGGAGCUGAUGAUUUUAGGAUUCCUUUCACUGCUUCUGACUUUUGGGCAGAGCUACAUUGUUAAAAUAUGUAUUCCAGCCAAUUUGGCAGACAAACUGUUGCCAUGUCCAUAUACAGGAACCAACAAAGAAUCAAGUAGUGAAGAGGAGCAUCAUAGGAAGCUUCUCUCUUAUCAACGCAGAAUUUUGUCAGAUGAUACUAGCUCUUACAAAUGCAAGGAGGGACAUGAGCCACUUAUAUCUGUCAAUGGAUUGCACCAGUUACACAUUCUCAUUUUCUUCUUAGCAAUCCUUCACGUGCUUUACAGCGCUGUCACGAUGCUUCUUGGGAGACUAAAGAUACGAGGAUGGAAAGCAUGGGAGCAAGAAACUUCAUCUCAUGGCUUUGAGUUUGCCAAUGAUCCUUCAAGAUUCCGGCUUACACAUGAAACAUCAUUUGUGAGAGCCCAUGCUACUUUUUGGACAAGAUACCCUAUCUUCUUUUAUAUAGGAUGCUUCUUUAGACAGUUUUAUAGGUCAGUCGGUAAGGCUGACUACACGACUUUGCGCAAUGGAUUUAUUAGUGUCCACCUCUCUCCAGGAAGUAAAUUUAACUUCCAAAAGUAUAUCAAAAGGUCCUUGGAGGAUGACUUCAAGGUAGUUGUGGGAGUCAGUCCUGUCCUCUGGGCGUCGUUUGUUCUUUUCCUGCUCCUGAAUGUUAAUGGUUGGCAUUCUAUGUUUUGGGCAUCCUUAAUUCCUGUCACUAUAAUUUUGGCUGUUGGGACAAAACUUCAAGCCACAUUGACGAAGAUGGCUAUUGAAAUCACAGAAAAACAUGCAGUUGUCCAAGGGAUUCCACUAGUUCAAGGCUCAGACAAAUACUUUUGGUUUGGCCGGCCUCAGUUAGUUCUUCACCUUAUCCAUUUUGCUUUGUUCCAGAAUGCAUUCCAAAUUACAUAUUUCUUGUGGAUAUGGUAUUGUUUUGGGCUGAGAAAUUGUUUCCAUGCUGACUACAAGCUUGCAAUAAUUAAAGUAGCUUUAGGCAUCAGCGCGCUAUGCCUCUGCAGCUACAUCACUCUUCCAUUAUAUGCUCUUGUUACUCAGAUGGGCUCUAGAAUGAAAAAAUCAAUAUUUGAUGAACAAACAUCAAAAGCCUUGAAGAAAUGGCACAUGAAUGUGAAAAAGAAGCAGGGGAUAAAACUAGGGAAAACCAGUGUGAGAACCUUGGAUGGAAGCACCCCUGGUUCAACCACACCCUCUUCUGGCCCCACUCUGCACCGUUACAAAACCACCGGCCACUCAACUCGCACCAUGUCUGCUUAUGAGGAUCAAGAGGAUUACCAAUCUGACAUUGAACUGUCACCAACAUCAAAUCUGAUAGUAAGAGUGGAUCGAAGUGAUGAGCAAGAAGCAAAAGAAAAUGAACAUCACAGCGUGGAUGUGAGCAAUGACCAACAACUUACAAUGAGAGGUAGCUUCAAAUUAGUCAAGCCUGAUGAUCCCCUUGCCCUUGAAAGAAGCAUGAAAUAGCAUGACAAUUAUUCCAUUCAACUAGUAUCUGUUCAUUUUCAUAUAUGUUUACCAUUUUUGUUAGAUCUUGUUAGGUAUUGGUAUACUUAUCAAAAUUAAUAUAGAGUCGUUUGGAUAUCUGUUAGAAAGUAUGAAAUUAAGAAAAUAACACAUUCCGAGCCACUUUCAGUUGAAGUAGCAUCGAGAAUCGAGAUAUGUUAUUUUUCCGUUUUCA